CGCCAAACAUGAGAACGGUAGUGUUUGCCCUGACUCUAGCCCUUGUGGCGAGUCAACAGGUCAAUUUUGCUCCUGAGUUUGCCUCCAGCAAUACCUAUGUGUACAAGUAUGAGGCAGUGGUCUUGGGAGGUCUGCCUGAGGAAGGUCUGGCUAGAGCAGGAAUCAAAGUCAUCAGUAAAGUUCUCAUCAGUGCAGUUGCCCAGAAUAACUUCCUGCUGAAGCUUGUGAACCCAGAGAUCUUUGAGUACAGUGGUGUCUGGCCCAGAGAUCCUUUUGUUCCAGCUGCAAAGCUCACUUCAGUUCUGGCUGCUCAGCUCCAGACUCCCAUCAAGUUUGAGUAUGCCAAUGGAGUUGUGGGUAAGAUACAUGCCCCUGCUGGUAUCUCUGCUACGGUGUUGAAUGUCCAUAGAGGUAUCUUGAACAUCCUUCAGCUGAACAUCAAGAAAACACAGAACAUCUAUGAGCUGCAAGAGGCUGGAGCUCAGGGAGUCUGCAAGACAAGCUAUGUCAUCAGUGAGGACGCCAAGGCUGAGCGCAUUCAUCUGACCAAGACCAAGGAUUUGAAUCACUGCCAGGAGAGACUCGAGAAGGAGUUUGGUUUGGCUUACACUGAAAAAUUGGUAGCUUCACAGGAUUCUAGAAAGAACUUGAGGGGAGCUGCAGCCUACAACUACAUCAUGAAGCCAACUGCCAAUGGUGCUCUGAUUAUGGAAGCCACGGUUACUGAGGUCCAUCAGUUCUCUCCAUUCAACGAGAUGACCGGAGCUGCCCAGAUGGAGGCAAAACAAAGGUUGACAUUCCAAGAGAUUCAGAAGGCCACAGUGGAACCCAUUGGAGCCGAAUACAUUUCCCGUGGAUCUCUGCAAUAUGAGUUUGCCACUGAGCUUCACCAGAUACCCAUUCAGCUCCUCAGGAUCAGCAAUGCACAAGCUCAGAUUGUUGAGGUUCUGAACCAUUUGGUUACCCACAAUGAGGCAAAGGUUCAUGAGGAUUCCCCUCUGAAGUUUGUGGAGCUCAUCCAGCUCCUGCGUGUGGCCAGAAUGGAAAAUAUUGAGGCCAUCUGGACUCAAUACAAAACGAAUCCAGCUUUCAGACAUUGGAUCCUGAGUGCCAUCCCGGCGAUUGGAAGUCCUGUCACUGUUAGGUUCAUCAAGGAGAAGUUUAUUGCUGGUGACCUCACUAUUCCUGAGGCCGCUCAGGCUCUGAUGGCUGCUGUCCACAUGGUGACGGCUGAUCUGGAUAGUGUCAAGCUUGUAGAGGGUUUGGCUUUCCACCACAUGAUUCAGCAAAACUCAGUUCUUCGUGAAAUCGCCAUGCUUGGUUAUGGUACCAUGGUUUUCAAGUACUGUGCUGUACACACCAACUGCCCUUCAGAACUUGUGAAGCCCAUCCAUGACUACGCUAUUGAGGUGCUUGCAAAGGGGGAAAUUAAAGAACUUGUAGUUGCUCUUAAAGUCCUGGGUAAUGCUGCCCACCCUUCUAGUAUUAAACCGAUCACAAAGCUCUUGCCUGGAUUUGGAGCUGCUGCUGCUUCUCUGCCUAUAAGAGUUCAGGUUGAUGCCAUCCUGGCCCUGAGGAACAUUGCCAAGAAGGAGCCUAGAAGGAUUCAGGAAGUGGCUGUGCAGCUGUUCAUGGACAGGGCUCUCCACCCAGAGCUCCGCAUGGUUGCUGCUGUUGUGUUGUUUGAGACUAGGCCUCCGAUGGGUCUCGUUAUUACCCUUGCCGAUGCGGUGCAGAAAGAGACAAAUCUGCAAGUGGCCAGCUUUGUGUACUCUUACAUGAAAUCCCUGACCAGGAGCACCGCUUCUGACUUUGCUCCAGUUGCUGCAGCAUCCAAUGUCGCUGUCAAGAUCCUCAGUCCCAAAUUCGAUAGGUUGAGCUAUACCUUUAGCAAGGCCUUCCACCUGGACUUCUACUCCUCUCCUCUGAUGAUGGGUGCUGCUGCCAGUGCUUUCUACAUCAACGAUGCUGCUACCUUAUUACCUAGAGCUGUGGUAGCCAAGGCAAGAACAUACAUUGCUGGAGCAGCUGCAGAUGUGCUGGAGGUGGGAGUAAGAACAGAGGGAAUCCAGGAGGCUCUAAUGAAGAUGCCCAAUAUUGCUGAAAAUGCUGACAGGAUCACAAAGAUGAAGCAUGUCAUUAAGGCACUGACUGACUUGAGGUCCCUACCCACAAACAAGCCACUAGCUUCCAUGUAUGUGAAAUUCUUUGGACAGGAAAUUGCUUUCGCUCACAUUGACAAGGAAAUUAUUGAACAGGCCAUACAGCUGGCUACUGGACCUUCUGCACAUGCAAUUGGAAGGAAGGCUCUGAAGGAACUGUUGUCUGGAGCCUCUUUCCAGUACGCAAAGCCCCUGCUGGCUGCAGAAGUACGUCGCAUCUUCCCUACAGCUGUUGGUGUGCCCAUGGAACUCAGUUUCUACACUGCUGCCGUGGCUGCUGUAACUGUACAAGUCAGAGUGGCCAUGACUCCUUCACUUCCUGAGGCUUUCCAUCCUGCCCAGCUCUUGAACACAGACAUUCAGCUACAUGCAGAGAUAACACCAAGUGUUGCUAUGCAUACAUUUGCUGUGAUGGGAGUGAACACUGCCUGGAUACAGGCUACUCUUAUGGCAAGGGCAAAAGUACACACAAUUGUUCCAGCAAAAAUGGCAGCUAAAGUUGACAUUGCCAAGGGCAACUUCAAGUUUGAGGUUUUGCCUGUUCAGUCUGCAGAUCACCUGGCAACUGUGCGUGUUGAAAGUCUUGCUGUGGCAAGAAAUGUUGAAGACCUUGCAGCUAUUAAGAUGAUACCAAUGAUUCCUGCCAAAGAAGCACAGCUGUCUAGAGAUACUUUGAGAUCAACGAUCUCAUCCUCACAGGAAAGUGAUUGGUCAAGAUCAUCGGAACGGAUUAACUCUGAUUUGCCUUCUAAUAUCAUUCCUAAAAUGAGAAGGUUGUCUGCACAAAUGAAGAAGAAAUUCUGUACCGCAUUCAAAACCUUUGGAAUAAAGGCCUGCGCUAACAUUGAAUCCCAGAAUGCUGCCUUCAUCAGAAACUCACCACUCUAUACCCUUAUCGGGAAACACUCAGUCACUGUUGAUUUGUCACAAGCUUCAGGCACAGUCAUUGAAAGAAUGGAGAUUGAGGUCCAGGUUGGAUCAGAGGCAGCUAAAAAGAUUGUCAAAGUGAUCACUGUGAAUGAAGAUGAAGAAUCUCCAGAGGCAACAAAUGUCCUGUUGAAACUCAAGAAAGUCUUGGUUCCCGGUCGCAAGAAUGGUACCAGAUCUUCCUCCAGCUCCAGCAGUUCUAGUUCCAGCAGCUCUCGGUCUUCUUCUUCCUCCUCUUCCUCCUCAUCUAGCUCAUCCAGCUCAUCCUCCCGUAACAACAAAAACAUCCUGAUUGUUGGUGCUGCUGCAGCUAACAAGCAGUCUAAGAGAGUAAGCAGCAGCAGCAGCAGCAGCAGCAGCAGCAGCAGCAGCAGCAGCAGCAGCAGCAGCAGCAGCGGACGCAACAGCCAAAGGAACACCAGAAGAUCACCAAACAACCGCUCUUCCAGCUCCAGUUCCUCCAGCUCCAGCUCGUCGAGUUCCAGCUCUCGCAUUUCAAAGCAGGAACUCUAUGACAUGAAGUUUACCAAGGACCACAUCCACAAGCACGCCAUCUCAAAGGAAAGAACGUCCAGCAGAAGCAGUGCAUCCAGCUUUGAGGCCAUCUACAAACAGAACAAAUUCCUUGGCAAUGCUGUUGCUCCUUCGGUGACAAUACUCAUCCGUGCUGUGAGAGCUGACCAUGAAGUGCAGGGAUACCAGAUUACUGCCUAUAUGGACAAAGCUAAUUCCAGGAUACAGAUCAUCGUGGCUAACCUAGAAAAGGAUAACCAUUACAGAAUCUGUACUGAUGGAGUGUUACUGAGCAACCACAAAGUUAUGGCUAAGAUUGCAUGGGGUGUUGAGUGCAAGGAAUAUGAGACUGAGAUCACAGCAGAAACUGGUCUUGUCAACGAAAAUCCUGCUCUCCGUCUGAAGCUGUCAUGGGACAAGAUCCCAAGUGCCCUUAGGCGAAAUGCAAAGAGGGUCACUGAGUCCCUUUAUAGUGCUGCUAUCCAGGCUGGGGUUAGUCAAGGAAAAGCCAAAAACAUAAAGAAAGAGAUCAAACUCACACUGGCUCUUAUCUCUGCGAGAAGGUUGAAUAUUGUGCUGAAGACUCCAAAGAUGACCAUGUCCAAACUGGUGUUGAGUCUCCCUAUUGCUUUGCCUGUUGGAGACACCGCUACUGAGCUUUCUGUUCUCUCAGACAACCUUGUUGACCAAGUGUACUACCUGUUCUCUAAAGCCAAUGCAGCUGAAUGUAGCAUGGAUGGAAACACAAUGACUACAUUCAACAACAGGAGGUACAAGAGUGACAUGCCACUUUCCUGCUACCAAGUUGUGGCUCAGGAUUGUACACAAGAGCUCAAGUUCAUGGUUCUGUUAAAGAAGGACAAUGAUCAAAACCACAUCAAUGUGAAGAUAUCUAAUAUCGAUAUUGACCUGUACCCCAAGGACAACCAGGUACUGGUGAAGGUCAACGAACAAGAAAUUCCCAUCAGCAGCCUCCCAUACCAACACCCUACAGGCUCCAUCCAGAUCAGACAAAGUGGUGGGGGUAUCUCUCUCCAUGCUCCAAGCCAUGGUCUCCAAGAGGUUUACAUGGAUGGAAAUUCAUGGAAGGUCCAAGUUGUGGACUGGAUGAAGGGUCAGACCUGUGGUAUCUGUGGUAAAGCUGAUGGGGAAGUCAGACAGGAGUUCCGCAUGCCCAAUGGACGCCUGAGCAAGAGCCCAGUCAGCUUUGCCCAUUCCUGGGUGCUUCCAGCUGAGAGCUGCCGGGACGCCACCGAAUGUCGCUUGAAGCUUGAAUCUGUGAAGUUGGAAAAGCAGAUGAUUGUCAAUGGCCAGGAGUCCAAAUGCUUCUCUGUUGAGCCUGUGCUGCGUUGUCUGGACGGUUGCUACCCAGUGAGGACCACCCCUGUCACCAUUGGCUUCCACUGCCUGCCCACCGAUUCCAACUUGAACCGUUCAGAGGGUCUGAGCAGAAUCUAUGAGAAGAGUGUGGACCUGAGGGAGACAGUGGACGCCCAUGUGGCCUGCCGUUGCACCGCUCACUGUGCUUAGUCUCAUUGUGGUUUUUGCCACAAUUUCCUUGCUUUGAAUAUUUUGGUGAAUGGCUUUGUGUCAAAUCUAAUUAUGAAUAAAUUCCAAACCGCAUUCCGAAGACUAAAAGGUUUCUUGAAUAUUAUUUAAAACAUUUUGUGACGA